AUGGUUGUAUUAAUUAGAGCGAAGAGUGAUCACCUCAGUUCUGGUGCUUUGAGUAAUGAUGAAGAGGAUGAAGCUGAAGCUGAAGAUUAUACAGUGUAUGAAUGUCCUGGCCUGGCACCGGUAAUUUUUCUAUUAAAAAUGCAAGAAAUAUAAGGAAUUAUGUAUGAGAUGAGAUGGGAUUUAUAAAAACUGCCAAUUUGUUGUUAGGCAUGAACGCAUUAGAGCAAAUGUAAGAAAAAGGCGGAAGUGUGCCAAGUUGGAAAUGAGAUUCAUUAAGAUCUUGUUUGUUACGUAGAAAUUUGAAACAUAAUCUGUCCGAUCCAGGCGUGAUAUGAGCAGGCAUUGAAAGUAUUUUUACAUCAACAUGUGCAUGAUCUCAUAUACAUAGCUCCACAUAUUUUUUGAAUUCAGUUAUUUCUCACCCAAUUUUUGAUAUUAACAUAUAUUGCCCCUAAAAUUAUAGAUAGUUUAGGUUUGGAAACUUCAGAUAUGAAGAUACGAGGCGAAGCCGAGUAUCUUUAGGUGUGAUAAAACACGCACUGGCGAAUGUUUGAAAUUGCUUAAAAAACGAUCGAUCUCACUAGUUCAUUGCCAUUGGCGAAGUAAUUUUCAAAAUUACGUUGUAUAAUUCGAGAAAAUCAAAGUUAAAGUUUAUAUAAAUCAAGGGAAAUCUCUGUCACAUAUUAAGAUACGACACGGAUUUUCUUUGUGUUUUCCUCAUGAAUUAUUAAUUUUCAUAACACAUUCAUAAUUCACACAUUCAUUGUCACAUUACGCCCAAGUUCAUGCACGGUAUACGUUUGUUUCCUUUUAGACUGGUGAUAUGACUGUUGUGAAUCCGUUAUUCAGUGAUCACGAAGUCUCAGUCAGCGAUGAAGGUCGGGCACAAAGUACUCACAGUUCACCCACCACACCAUCGCGGUCCAAUCAUAGUCCUUCCAGAUAACAAUUCUAGU